UCCAUGUAUAUUUAUAUUCUCUGUCUAUAUAUACACACACACCAUAUGCAAAACUCAAAAACUUGUACCAAAACGAAAUAUUUCACAUAAACCAGAAAGAAAUGGAUAGCAAAAGCUUACGAUUUGCUCCAAUCAUGAUAGUUCUUUUCAUCAUCUUGUGUGUACCUUAUGCUAUAUCUCAAGAAGUUGAUGAUGAACAUGAGUUCACAUAUGAUGUGGAUAGUCCCAACGGGCCGGAUCAUUGGGGAGAGAUCCAUCCAGAGUGGAGCAUGUGUAAUCAAGGAGACUUGCAGUCACCAAUUGAUCUCACACAUAAAAGAGUCCAAACAACUUCAAGUCUUGGAAGACUAGAUAGAGAUUAUAAAUAUGCAAACGCGACCCUUAUUAACCGAGGUCAUGAUAUGAUGUUGAGAUGGGCCGGGGGAGCAGGACAUAUUACCAUAAAUGGAACCGAGUAUCAGCUUAAUCAGCUUCAUUGGCACACCCCUACCGAGCAUACCGUCAAUGGCCGAAGAUACAAUCUGGAGCUACAUUUGGUUCAUCAAAGUACAGAUGCAAAAAUUGCAGUGGUUGGGAUAAUGUACAAAAUUGGUCGUCCUGAUUCAACUUUAUCAUUGAUGGAACCAUAUUUUAAAGCAUUGGCUUCUACAAAAGGAGUCGAGAUGAGCGUAGGAAUUGUUGAUCCACGAGAAAUUAAAAUUGGGAGCAGAAAAUAUUAUCGAUAUAUUGGCUCACUUACAACUCCUCCAUGCUAUCAAAAUGUUAUUUGGACGAUUGUUAAAAAGGUGAGAACAGUUUCUCGAGAACAACUACAUUCAAUCCACGGAGCUGUCCAUGAUGAUGCGGAAGCUAAUUCAAGGCCAAUUCAACCUUUGAAUAGCCGUUGGAUAAAGCUUUAUCGGCCCGAUGAUCAACCAAAUAAAUAAUUGCUUGCACCAUUUUUUUGUUAAUUUAUAGCUCAAAUUCCUAUUAAUUUAAUUUAGUUUAUUUGGUAUUAAAAGUUGUAUGCAUAAAUAAGAUUCAUUGUUACUUUGCUUA